GGUGGAUGAGACCAAUAUUUUGUCUUGUGUCUCUAACUUCCACACAUCUUCGUUGGCCCUUCUCUCCAACCUGGCUGGUAAGUAUGAAUGAAAUUUUUGAUUCAAGUAGGCAAUAUUUUAUGGCUGCUAAAGAGUGUUGACGGUGUAGGAGUGGGUACAAAUGUGAUAAUAAAUAAUGUAUUAACUUUGAUAUGUUUUACAACAAACUUUUAAUCAAGGGAGACAACUUACAUGUUAAUGACAUUUACUUACUAAAAAAAAAAACAAGAACAAAAACAUUAACUAAGAGGAGAGAGAAUUCUGACCUCAAACCUCUGCUGUCUGGCAGCUACAACCUUUAUGGGUAAGGCAAAGGGAGUAAACCCAAAUUGAAAAAUCCAUAGGUGAAAUGUUGAAGCCGGUCUUACAAAAAAAAAAAUUUGCUUUCACCUUAAUGUGAUUCCGCAAAUCCUGGAACACCAUUUCCCCCAAAACAAUCACAAGUAGGAUCGCCUGCUAGGGCAACAGUUUUUUAAACCUUUGGCCAGGUUCCUAAUGAGAAGACUCCAGUCAAAUGACACAAUAAUUUGUGAAAGACAGUUGAUGCCAACCAAUUAAAAAAUAAUCAAGAAUGAAAUUUCUUCUAAUUUCACAUAGACAUAAAUAUAUAAAGGUCACUCAUAUUGCUAAACGCUCUGGUUAAAAUGGUUAAAUUUAUUUAAAUAAUUUAUUUAAAUUUAUUUUGAUUUAUUUUUAAAUUUUACUUAAGACAAAGUAAUUGUGUUAAAAAUGACCAGGAUACUUCAGGUUGCCUAAAUAAUGCUUAGAGACAAACACAAGAGUCUGGCAUUGCUUAGAGACAAACACAAGUGUCUGGCAUUGCUUAGAGACAAACACAAGUGUCUGGCAUUGCUUAGAGACAAACACAAGUGUCUGGCAUUGCUUAGGGACAAACACAAGUGUCUGGCAUUGCUUAGAGACAAACACAAGUGUCUGGCAUUGCUUAGAGACAAACACAAGUGUCUGGCAUUGCUUAGGGACAAACACAAGUGUCUGGCAUUGCUUAGAGACAAACACAAGUGUCUGGCAUUGCUUAGAGACAAACACAAGUGUCUGGCAUUGCUUAGGGACAAACACAAGUGUCUGGCAUUGCUUAGAGACAAACACAAGUGUCUGGCAUUGCUUAGAGACAAACACAAGUGUCUGGCAUUGCUUAGGGACAAACACAAGUGUCUGGCAUUGCUUAGAGACAAACACAAGUGUCUGGCAUUGCUUAGAGACAAACACAAGUGUCUGGCAUUGCUUAGAGACAAACACAAGUGUCUGGCAUUGCUUAGAGACAAACACAAGUGUCUGGCAUUGCUUAGAGACAAACACAAGUGUCCGGCAUUGCUUAGAGAGAGAUAUUUUAUCCUAUUACCGGUACAAAUAAUCACUAGUUGUCAAUGUCUUGCAUGGAUGUAGAAGUGUGUUGCUUUCUCUGCCAGAGGAAACUCCCAUGGACUGCCCUAUCAUCACUCCUGCAGUCCGUUCAGUGGUCUCCCCUGCCCAUAGCAGUCAGUCCGGGGGCACUCCCAGUGUCAAAAGCAGAAUUUUACUGACAUGGGGCUUCAACUCGACAACAUUCACGGCCGAACCCAUAGAAGAAAAGGCCCAGUGGUCAAUCACCAUCUCAAGAAAUACAAGUCACAUCGGAGACAUCAAGUCAGGCUACCUGUUUGGUGUUGGGGUCUCUACAAAGCCACUGAGUUCUAAAGAGCAGGUAAGGUCAUUCUAUGUUCCCAUUGUCUUGUCGUGUUCUGUUAGUGUCCAUUGUCUUGUUCUAUGUGCCCAUAGUCUUGUUCUAUGUGCCCAUAGUCUUGGUCUAUGGGCCCAUAGUCUUGUUCUAUGUGCCCAUAGUCUUGUUCUAUGUGCCCAUAGUCUUGUUCUAUGUGCCCAUAGUCUUGGUCUAUGUGCCCAUAGUCUUGGUCUAUGUGCCCAUAGUCUUGUUCUAUGUGCUCAUUGUCUUUUCAUGUUCCCAUUGUCUUGUUCUAGGUUCCCAUUGUCUUGUUCUAUGUGCACAUUGUCUUGCCUUGUUCCCAUUAUCAUGUCAUAUUCUACUUUCCCUAUUGUCUUAUCAUUCCAAUUGUUAAUGUUUGUCAUAUUCUUUAUAUCUUCAUGUUCUUCUUCAUCAUCCUCUGUCCACUUUUCCUGGGGAGGCAUCACAAGGAGAUUUUGGCUGAUAGCUUGUCUGGAGGUGUGAAGCCUGCUGGAGGUUCAUGGUCUAGAUUUUUCUAUCAAAUAUGUCAAUUUCAAAAUGAAUAGUACUUACACUGUGUCACAUAUUUAUUUAGAAGACCAUGUUUAUCCCAAGGCCUGGCAUCCUAUUUAUUUAGAAGUCCAUGUUUAUCCCAAGGUCUGGCAUUCCUAAUGCACAUUGAAUUAGUUUUCUCCUCUAAUGCUUUCAGGGACUUAAAAUUUGAGAUAACUUCUCUUCAUAGCAGUAUUGUAGCAAAUAUUUUAAUCCUUUUGUCUUUUGCCUGUAUAUUUCUCCAGCUGUCAUAUCACAAGAAUGGUAAUGAACCUUGUGCCCUAUCUAUAAAUUAACACUGUUUAUCCGACAUGUAAAAAAUCUACACUGAAUAAACCUAGACAAUAUUUGAUCUUUUUCAGAUGGUUUCUUACAAAUCAAAACAAUUGAAAGCAGCUACAAAAAUGGUGCUAUACUGUUUCAUUUGUUAAAUUGUGAUCUAGAUCUCUUUUAAAUUGGGUCAGCUUAGUGGCAAGCUUACUAAAAAAAUUUUCAAUGUCAUCAUUAUUUUUAUUUCCAUGCCAGAUUGGAAUGAACUCAGAAUCUCAUGCCAUCGUCUGUGUCGGCGGCCACAUCGCCAUAUGCCAGGACAGCCAGGUUAGUAAUAUAACGCCACUGGCUGAUCUUCCCCUGACUGUGACAAUAUCAGUGGCCAGAAGUAAGGUUGGCCUUAUCAUGGCCUACAAGGUGGUGCCCAGUGGCUCAUCCACUAAUGUUAAUGGCAGGAGGAUCAUCAGGCUGGCAACGGAUGAAUUCGAUGCAGAGACCAACGAGAAGUCAUUAUCUGAGGUGAAAGUCUAUCCUGUCUUCACAGUAAGUCAGCGU